CUCCGUUUUCCGCCUUCACUUUCCCUUUCCCUUUUUGCCAUUCCUAAUCUCACCCGCCAUUUGUACUGUGAGUUGUGACUUGUGAAUCCUAUAAUACGGCGUAGGUGUCCGUAUUAUUAUCUUGUCUACUUUUGAGAUAGUCGUCAACAGAGAUGCCGAACAAAAAAGAUAAAGAAAUAAAAGAGGAAAUUAAAGAAGAACCUUCUUCAAGUAAGGAAGAGUACUCCAUAGAGAAGGUCCCUGAUAAAAGAGCUGUCAAAACUGAAAUAAUGCCGAACAAGAAAGACAAAGAAAUUAAAGAAGAAAUUAAAGAAGAACCUUCUUCAAGUGAGGAAGAGUACUCCGUAGAGAAAGUCCUGGAUAAAAGAGCUGUCAGGGGAGGAAGAGUGGAGUAUUUCCUCAAAUGGAAGGGGUAUCCUGAUAAUGAGAAUACAUGGGAACCUUUAGAUAACCUGGACUGCCCAGACCUCAUACAGGAGUUUGAGGAAUCGCUCAAAAGAAAAGUGAAAGAUGAAAAGUUAUCCCCAUCCCCAUCUCCUAACAAAAAGAAGCGAACUAAUCUUCAAGCAACCCCUUCCACUAGCAAAGAAGUAAAAAAAGAGAAAGAUGAUGAUUCAGGAUGUAGUUCCAAAACGAAUAAGCCAAAGAAGGCUGAGAAGGAAUCGUUAAACGAUGUUGAAGUACCUAAAGGAUUCGACAGAAAAUUGGAACCGGAAAAGAUAAUAGGAGCAACAGAUUCAAGCGGUGAACUUAUGUUUCUGAUGAAAUGGAAGGGGACGGAUGAGGCUGAUCUAGUACCAGCGAAACAAGCUAAUGUCCGCUGUCCUCAAAUCGUCAUUCAGUUUUAUGAGGAAAGGCUUACUUGGCACACUUCACCAACAGACGACCCUACUAAUGGAUCCUAAAUUGUUUACUGUCCUGUUUACUGUUGGUUAUUGUUUGAUUUUAAUUUUAAAAAUAUCUUUAUGAAUCUCAUUAUUUGUUAUUUAUGAGAAAGGUUCUUAAGUUUUAUUUCAACACAACCACUAAAAAUAUGGAUAUAUAUUUUUAUCUAGUAUAUAAGCAAAACAUUGUUAAUGUAAUACUGUUUUAUCUGUAGGGUUUAUUUUCGGUAUCUUGAAUUCAUCAAAUAGCAACAAAGUUUUCUGCACAAAUGGAACUGUCUGAUCUUGUCAAACUGUCAUUUGUUUAUUUGAGUUGAACUGACUUAAUUGUAGUAGUCGUUUAUAAAAAGUAUAAUUUUAUGUAGACUACAUUUGUUUGUGUAUUUUAUAAACUUUUCUUAUUAAUAAAAUCUGUUUUUUUUUA